UUUAAUAAAAAUUGAAGGUAGAAUGAGAGGAACAGAAGCCAAACUCAUAGUUGGUUUAGGCAACCAUGGGAAGGAGUUUCUUCGCACAAAGCAUAAUGUUGGGUUCCUAGCUAUUGAUUACCUUGCUUACCAAUUAGGAAUUGGCCUACGGUCAAAUUACAAGUUAAGAGGAUUAGUAGGUGAGAAGGAUGGAGUUAUACUCUACAAACCCUUUUCAUCUAUGAAUAUUCUUGGAUUCAAUGUUGCAGUAAUCACAAAGGAUAGGAAAAUCAAACCUGAAAAUAUCAUGCUUGUUCAUGAUGAACUAGAGCUUAGAAAAGGCAUCUGUAAGUUCAGAGAUGGUAACCUAAGUCACAUUGGUCAUAACGGGAUUAAGUCAGUUCAGAAGACACUUAAAAAUAAUAAUUUCAAAAGGAUCCGAAUAGGAAUUGAUAGACCAAAAUCAAGAGCUCCGAAAGUUGUUGGCAGUUAUGUACUUAGUGAUUUGUCAAAGAACGAUAUAAGCACUUUGAACGAUAAGUCAUUCCCACAGGUCUUAGAUUUCGUCCAGAAUAAAUUUUUAAUUUAG